ACUUGUACAUUUGGCAGUAAAAACAAUAUAGGAUACAAAAUACGGGGAAAAAAUACGCGAAGAUUUCGCCACGGCCCUUGCGGACCUCUGGCACAAUUCAUCAGUGGCCGGGAUUACCGCCGACUAAGAGAUUUUGGUGGCGAACAGGUGACGUUUAUCACUUUCACCCAUUCUCCGAUGGCCACCAUUUUGUGAGUGUACGAGCAUUUCAAUAUCAGACCUAGCGUUUCCAAUUUUUCCCACCUGUGCGAGUCGUCGUGAGCCGCGAGUAUGGGGACUGUGCUGUCGUUUACCCCGAGGCCCAGGAGGCCCUUGUAUGAGGAUAUAAACCUCAACAACUUCAACUACGAAAUACUCAACAACGCGCGUAAUCAAGCGAAGGAGAAGAACUUUCGCCAUUCCUCCUUCAUCAGCGGAUUAAGCUGGCGACGAUUUAUCGUCGACAAGAAGAAAAAGGAGAAAAAUUUCGUCAAACUUACGAAUAAGAUCCCAGGUAAGAUUGACAACAAUCUCAAUUCUGAUAUCGAAAAUAACAACCGGAAUUUACUGGUGCCCAAGUCUUUCUCGUGCUACAAUCUCAAAGUGGCACCAGACCAUGAGAAAGAUAUCAAGAAUAAUAAUGUGAAACCCAUCGAAAAGCCGGUCACGAGCCCGAAAAAGACUGUUAUACAGGCAUCCACGUCUGAGCUAUUAAGGUGCCUAGGGGAGUUCCUCUAUCGAAAGUGUUAUAAGCUAAAGCACUUCGAGCCUGGUGACGCGGUGAUGUGGCUACGAACCGUCGACCGCUCGCUACUGCUCCAAGGAUGGCAAGACAUCGCCUUCGUUAAUCCGGCAAACGUGGUGUUUGUUUACAUGCUGGUCAGGAAGGUUGUCCACGAUGACAUUGUCUCAGAGCAUGACCUUCAAGCGCACGUGCUCACCUGCGUCUACUUGUCCUACUCCUACAUGGGUAACGAGAUCAGCUAUCCCCUGAAACCGUUCCUGGUCGAGGAAAACCGGGAGAAAUUCUGGGACCGGUGUAUCCGAAUCAUAAACGAACAAAGUGCGAAUAUGUUACGAAUCAACAGUGAUCCCAGUUUCUUUACGGACGUUUUUACAGAACUCAAAGCUUAUUCUUCACCAUGAUGUAGGAGUUUUCGCCUAGCUAAUAGUUUAUAGAAAGAUAAAUCUGGCCAAAGUGUCACUUGUAAAUACAAGAUUAUAAUACGAUGCGCUGUGUGUAAAUUCGUGGAUGCUUCAAGUUUAUAGUAUGUGAUGGUAAAUGUACAUUGGUAAACACCGAAUAAUCAUGAUGGAUAUAACUUGAUCGCGAAACCAGACUGGCGGCCAUUUUGGAUUUGUUAUCGGCCAUCUUGGACCUCUGUUCGAAGAGUGAGCCAGAGAUAUUUGGGUACGUAACAUGCUGACCUGAUAAGUAACGAUGGCGAUCUGUUCGUGACAACAUCAUUUAAACCCACCGACCGGCAGACGAUAGAAAUACUUCACCUCUGGUUAGGAAGGAAUCAAUAAACGAUUGUUGACCAUUUUGAAACUCUCUGCCAGUUGUCGGCAUGACAUUUCAGUGCUAUCAUUAACACUAGCGGGGGAUUCUCUACGGGUGAUAUCGUCACCAAGUGACUUGUGAUACCGUCACCCAACUGCUUCACACUGACAUGUUGGUGAAAUAAAUGAUUAUAUAUAUAUGAUUACGUCACGAUUCUCGAAAGUGUACGCAUGUUGCGUUGGCCGCCAUAUUGGAAUUCCUUCCUUGGGCGUUUCUUCUUCGCUUCUUCGGCACCUGCACAACUUCGAAGGAUCGACAUCAAAAUGGAUAAGGAGAAAAGGAGAAACCCACCAUCACCCAAAUUUAAUGAAAAUGCAAGCGUAACAUGAGAAGUUAGAUCAGUUUGCCAAGAUAUCGCAUCAAUUCUUCAUCAGACCGCUUUGUCAUUUAUGACAUGCCUUCUUAUCGGCACAGAGAGUUCUCCAAUCGUGUAAUAUCGAUCCUAAGCAAUAAUGAACAGGAAAGAUAAUGACAUCUCCAAGUGAGUCAUGCAAGCAACAUCGACCUGUCUGGCAUACCAAGUGCAGACGACAAAAUUGAUCACCUCAUGUACCAAACCUGCCACUAGGGGCGCUGUGUGCUGUUGAGUCACGUGAUUAUGCACAGACGAUUUUGAUCCUUCGAUAAGAUACUGGGAUUUGAUGAUUUUUAAGAUGGCGAUUGAUUAGAAUACCAAUUAGAAACAUGAGGACUCUUUGAGAACCUUACUUCCGAAUGGCAACCUGGUGAAUAUCUGCCCAUCCAUCACACUGCCAGUUACAAGCUUGUUAGUAUCUGCGGCAAAUCGAUAAUGCUCUUGCCGCAUUAAUAACGCAUCCCGGUAACAUCUCCUGGGUGGGAUUAUCUUCUGCUUCACUGAUUGCUACAGUAUGUCGUCUGCUAAGCUUGCUAGAUGGAGUUAAGGGUAACACUGGAGAGGCCUUUUGAUUCAAGACCACCACAACACCACUAGUCGCAGGCGAAAUAGACUGCUAAGGACCUAGGCCUAUUCAAAAAAACAUUUUGGUUAGAAGAACUCGGUCUCGCGGAAACAUUGAACGAUAUUGCAAUUUUCUCCAACAAAGUUGUGUAUAUCUAAAGAAAUAAAACGGCAUGUUCUCAAGAUUAGAUGCUUUCGGAACUAUAUGGAGCAAAAAGUAGCAAA